AUGUCUACUGACUCAUACACCCCCUCACAAGAGCAUAGCUCGAAGCGUUUAAAGACAGGCGAAUCUGUGUUUUCGAGAAGAGGAGCUUCACCCAGUACUGGUGGAGUGGCGUCAGCUUACGGUAAUGAGAGUGAGAAAAAACCAUCGUGGUUACAAACCAACAAAAGUGACAUUGAUGGGAAAUACGAUAAAUAUGGGGAAAGAAGAAAUGCACAUGCUACGACAUCUGACUCAAGGCUUGAUAGGUUGAAGCGAGUUCGUCAAGAGCUGACAGAUAGGUGGGAAGAUGUCGGUCACGACGGAGACAGAGAUGAACAAGACGAAGAUGAGGGUAUAUCACCUUACAUUCAUUUACAGGCAGCUAACCCUUCUGUCUAUCACAAUGAGAAACAGGAAAACUAUCGUACAUUUCAAAGUAGAAUAUCUAAUAGAGAGAAUAGAGACAUCAAUAGUAUUGUCAGGGCACACUACAAUCAAAGAACACAACAAGCAAAACAGCAAGGUUCCAGAGUCAAUUCGCCAAUUUACAAAAUGAGGAAUUUCAACAAUGCCAUUAAAUAUAUUUUGUUGGGUAAUUGGGCUAAACAUAAUCCUGAGGAGACGGAUUUGUUUUCUCUUUUGGAUUUAUGUUGUGGUAAAGGUGGGGACUUGAACAAAUGCCAAUUUAUUGGCAUAGAUCAAUAUAUUGGCAUUGAUAUUGCCGAUUUAUCAGUUAAAGAGGCAUUUGAACGGUACACAAAACAAAAGGCGAGAUUCAGACACACAAGUCAGAAUUCCAAUCGGUAUAGUUUUGAAGCAUGUUUCGCGACAGGGGAUUGUUUUACCCAAUUUGUGCCAGACAUUCUAGAGCCAAACUUCCCUGGAAUUAUAGAGCGUGCAUUUCCUGUGGAUGUUGUUUCCACCCAGUUCUCAUUGCAUUAUUCCUUUGAGAGUGAAGAAAAAGUACGCACAUUGCUAACCAAUGUCACACGGUCGUUGCGUUCAGGGGGCACUUUUAUUGGUACGAUUCCUUCUUCUGAUUUUAUAAAGGCAAAAAUAGUCGACAAACAAUACCAACGAGAUGAAAAGGGAAAAGUAAAGUUUGGUAAUAGUUUGUACUCGGUGACGUUUGAAAAAGAUCCUCCAGAAGAUGGGGUAUUUCGUCCUGCGUUUGGGAACAAGUACAAUUAUUGGUUGAAAGACGCUGUUGACAAUGUUCCUGAGUAUGUAGUUCCAUUUGAGACUUUGCGAUCAUUGUGUGAAGAGUACGAUUUGGUGUUAAAAUAUAAAAAGAGUUUUACGGAUAUAUUCAACCAGGAGAUUCCAAAGUAUUUUAGCAAAUUGAAUAAAAACUUAAUUGAUGGAAUGAAACGAAGUGACGGCAAGUAUGGUGCUGAAGGCGAUGAAAAGGAAGCUGUGGCAUUUUACAUAGGAUUUGUAUUUGAGAAAGCUUAG